GCAGAGCAGGUGCGCCAAGAGGCCCGGCUCUUCGGAGCUCUCCGGCACCCCAACAUCAUUGCCCUCCGGGGCGCCUGCCUCAGCCCCCCGCACCUCUGCCUGGUGAUGGAGUAUGCCCGGGGGGGCGCGCUGAGCAGGGUGCUGGCGGGUCGCCAGGUGCCCCCGCAUGUACUGGUCAACUGGGCGGUGCAGGUGGCCCGGGGCAUGAACUACCUACACAAUGAGGCCCCCGUGCCCAUCAUCCACCGGGACCUCAAGUCCAUCAACAUCCUCAUUCUGGAGGCCAUCGAGAACCACAACCUCGCGGACACGGUGCUCAAGAUCACGGACUUCGGCCUCGCCCGAGAGUGGCACAAGACCACCAAAAUGAGCGCUGCAGGGACUUACGCCUGGAUGGCCCCGGAGGUUAUUCGUCUCUCCCUCUUCUCCAAAAGCAGUGACGUCUGGAGCUUCGGGGUGCUGCUCUGGGAGCUGCUGACGGGUGAGGUCCCCUACCGUGAAAUCGACGCCUUGGCUGUGGCAUAUGGCGUGGCUAUGAACAAGCUGACACUGCCCAUCCCCUCCACAUGCCCCGAGCCCUUUGCCCGCCUCCUGGAGGAGUGCUGGGACCCAGACCCCCACGGGCGGCCAGAUUUCAGCAGCAUCUUGAAGCAGCUUGAAGUCAUAGAACAGUCAGCCCUAUUCCAGAUGCCACUGGAGUCCUUCCACUCACUGCAGGAAGACUGGAAGCUGGAGAUUCAGCACAUGUUCAAUGAUCUCCGAACCAAGGAGAAGGAGCUCCGCAGCCGUGAGGAGGAGCUACUGCGGGCGGCCCAGGAGCAGCGCUGCCAAGAGGAGCAGCUGCGACGGCGAGAGCAGGAGCUGGCGCAGCGUGAGAUGGACAUCGUGGAGCGGGAGCUGCACCUGCUGAUGUGCCAGCUGAGCCAGGAAAAGCCCCGUGUCCGCAGACGCAAGGGCAACUUCAGGCGCACCCGCCUUCUCAAGCUGCGGGAAGGUGGCAGCCACAUCAGCCUGCCCUCUGGCUUUGAGCACAAGAUCACAGUCCAGGCCUCUCCAACCUUGGACAAGCGGAAAGGAUCCGAUGGGACCAGCCCCCCCGCAAGCCCCAGCAUCAUCCCCCGGCUGAGGGCCAUUCGCUUGACUCCUAUGGAUGGUGGUGGCGGCGGCAGCAGUGGCAGCGGUAGUAGCGGCAGUAGUACCUGGGGCCGCAGCGGGCCCCCAAAGAAGGAAGAACUGGUUGGGGGCAAGAAGAAAGGCCGGACCUGGGGGCCCAGCUCCACCCUGCAGAAGGAGCAGGCUGAAGGAGAAGAGAGGCUGAAGGCCCUGGGGGAAGGAAGCAAACAGUGGUCAUCCAGCGCCCCCAACCUGGGCAAGUCCCCCAAACACACCCCCAUUGCCCCAGGCUUCGCCAGCCUCAAUGAGAUGGAGGAGCUCACGGAGGCAGAGGGAAACAGCAGCGGGCCCCACUCCCCCCACAGCACCCUGGCCUACCUCGAGGUGCCGCUGCCCAGCCGGCCCUUAUCGCUGUCCUCCGUGUCCGACUGCAACUCCACGCGCUCACUGCUGCGCUCCGACAGCGACGAGGCUGCGCCAGCCGCACCCUCCCCGACGCCCUCUCCUCUUGAGCCCUCGCCCAACACCAACCCCCUGGUGGAUCUGGAGCUGGAGAGUUUCAAGAAGGACCCCCGCCAGUCACUGACGCCCACCCACGUCACAGUCACUGCCACACGCGCUGUGAACCGCGGGCACCGGAGGACCCCCUCGGAUGGGGCGCUAGGGCAGCGGGGGGCGCCAGAGCCCACAGGCCCCGGCCCUGGCCCUCGAGAUCCCCUGGACUUCCCCCACCUGCCUACACCCCAGGCUCUAUUUCCCACCCACCUCCAGCCCCCCGAGUUUCCUGGCCGCCCCACCACCCUGACCUUCACCCCAAGACCCCGGCCUGCUGCCAGCCGCCCCUGCCUGGAACCCUGGAAACUGGUCUCCUUCGGCCGGACACUCAGCAUCUCGCCUCCCAAUAGGCUGGACACUCCAGAGAGCCCCGGGCCCCCCAGCAUGCAGCCCACGCUGCUUGACAUGGACAUGGAGGGGCAGAGCCAGGACGGUACAGUGCCCCUGUGUGGGGCCCGUGGCUCCCGCUGAGGCCUGCCCACUGCCACCCGCUUGGGCAGCCAUGAAUGUAGCACCCCAGGCCCUGCCCCAGCCCACCAGGCCACAAGGCAGGGGAGGCCCUGGGCAGGAUACUCUAUUUAUUGGGGAAGGGGAGUGGGAAGAACACUUAAUUUAUUCCUUUGUACCCUGUGCUUGCCCUGCAGCAUGGGGGGGAAGGUGGGCAGGGAUACUCAGGGACAGGGCAAUGUGGGGGAUUUGGCACAAAAUGCAGCAUUAAAGGUAACCCCUGCCCCCUGC